AUGUCCCUGGCGUCCCACGAGAGCAUGGAGGAGAUUCGGGAGGCGGUGCAGGAGAAGAUGCUGCAGAGCAAGGUGAUUCAUCCCCACGCGACCUUCAAGAUCGUUUGGGAUUUGUUUGGGAUGAUCUUCCUACUGCGUGACAUUUUCUUCAUUCCACUGCAGCUCUUCAACAUUCCGGACACCUAUGUCAUCGAGUGGUUGGACAACGCAUCGCUGAUCUUUUGGUCCAUCGAUAUCAUCUUGUCCUUCUUCACCGGUUAUUAUGAGAAAGGUCGUUUGGAGCUACACCACAAGAGGAUCGCAUGCAACUACAUCAAGACCUGGUUCUUCCUCGAUGUGGUGGUGGUCGGAAUCGACUGGUGGUUCCAGACACAGCAGAACGCUGGAUCGGCUGAAGGUGUUGCACGGGUCACAAAAUCGAUUCGUUCGGCGCGGUUUUUGAGGAUGUUUCGGCUCAUCCGUGAGUUCACCCGAGCUUUGACGUUGAUCUCCCCAUUGAUUUUCCCAGUCCAAGGACUGAGCAAGAUGAGCAAGGUGUCCGUUUUGCUACGAGAGCAGAUCAGCUCAGAGGCCGGUCUCAUCUACUUCGGCAUUCUUUUGGUGAUUCUUCGAAUGUUCGUUUUGCAGCAUAUCAUCGCAUGCGGUUGGUAUGGGAUUGGAGAUUUUGCGGAAGAGACAGAAGGAAAGAGUUGGAUCUUGUGCCUCGUCCAACUCGAGCGCACCUUCAACUAUCAAUAUAGCACCUGUCUUCAUUGGGCGUUCGCCCAGCUGGGAAUUGGUUCCGUGGAAAUUGAUCCAGAGACAACUCAAGAGCGAAUCUUUUGUAUUGCGGUGGCCUUCGUUGGCCUCAUCAGUUUCUCCACACUCGUCAGUACCGUCACAUCUCUGAUGAGUAACUUGCAGAAGGCACAAGAUCAGGAGCAGCAGCUCUUUCGCGAUCUGCGGCAUUUUCUGCAUCAGAAUGACAUCCCCAUCGAUUUGAGUCAACGCGUGACGCGCUUCAUUCAACACGCCUACCGAGCGCAGACCUCCAGAAGUGUCGACAGCGAGGUGGCGAUUUUCGGAUUGCUGUCCAAGUCGCUGAAGGCGGAGCUUCAGUUCACGCGCUACCGGCAUUGCCUCUUUAGCUUGGCGCUCUGCAAGAAGAUGUUGGUAGCAGAGGAACACAGCAAUGCCGAGAUGGUGGCCCAGCAUGUGGCGGUGAAAACCCUCACCACGCUGCAGUUGGCCCAAAACGAUUUUAUUUUCACCCGGGGCACCGUGGCACGGACCUGUUAUUGUGCCCUGGAAGAUAAUCUGGAGUAUAUCAUCGAUCGACACAACCGGAGCUCUGUAUCCGUGGGGAUGUGCAUCGCAGAGAUGGCGCUAUGGACGCCAUGGGUCUACCUCGGCGGGUUGGUCUCCAAAGAGAUGAGCAGAGUGGUGGCCAUCGAUGUGGAGGCGUUCUGUCAAACUGUGGCCGAAAUGCACGAUAUCAAGGAACAGGCCAUCUAUUUGGCCCAGAAUAUAAUUGAGGAGAUGAACACCGCAAGUGAAUUGAACGACCUUUGGCAAUUCCAUGUAGAGGACUCAAGUCAACUGGGAGCAGAUCCCAGUGAAGUGAUCAAUCCACUCAGUCCGCUGGUGCGAUACUGGGCACGUCACUUGGCUACGCGGUCAGUUUAG